GUUUGAAGCUAUCAUCAUUUUAUUAUUUUCUUCAGAAGAGAAAGAAAGCGGACCUGUUAUCUUAUCGAAUCGAAGGUGAUUGAGCUCCAGCCUUCAAUCGCGUUCCUUCCCCCAACUAUGGAGCCGUCUCAUAGUCCAACCGAAGACACUGCCAACACAGGGGUCCAGAACUCCCAGCUAUUUUCAGACUUACAAGCCUAUCCCUUCCAAGCGGACUUCGAGUUCAAAAAAGGGCUCUCAAUCAUAUUGGGUCAUCCAGACAGGCCUGCAACCGACUCUGAGAUUAACAGUGAAGAUGACCUAGUUCUACAAGCAAAAUGCUUUUAUUUUUCACGCAAGGCAAAGCUUAUGUCGCCACUCGCGUUUUCCUCCUAUAAAGCCUGGCUAAAAUCAGAAAGAGAAAGUGGAUCUCCGUUAACAGGAGGAGCUAUCGUGGAGGAACGAAAGGAGCCCGACGCAGAAGACACAACAGGGCAGCCAUUCCCUUCGGACCCUACUGUUUCCAGCGACCACAACUCAGAGAAAGGAGAACAAACCAAAGAGCCAGUAUAUCCUUCUUCAUUUGCCCAUAUAGUUGAGCUCAUUACGACCGGCCAACCAAUUCCCGGCAUUCAGCAGAUACCAGACACUGUUUUAAUCGGCCACGAUACUUCCAGCGCAAAGCCGAGAAGGAAAAAGCCAUGGGAGAAGGCGGAUAGUACCACCCUUGAAAAAGAAGCCACCGAAACAAAAAACAUCGAGCCAGUAUAAUACUACUAAAUCAACCUCUACAUAUAUUAUUGUUGGAGUGGCUGAGGUAGCUGAGCUGCGGGGCACCUGUGCAGAAUCAGGCCAGUUUCUCGAAUCGGCCAUACGCUAGCGUCCAUUAUCCUCAACUAGAAAAGGAUCAUUAUGUGAUGAAUUGCAAUUUGAGGAUUACUCAAAACU